AUGCACUGCUGGCGUGAAUCAUUGAUGGUACCAGAUUCCAUGUUGCUUCCUUUCUUGACUGAUUGUGUACAGCUUGAUUCUGAGAUUGGACACAGUUCUGCACAACUGGCCUGCCAAGUGAUGUUGUUGUUGAAGUUGGAGAAAUGUCCUUCCAUCUCCACAAGUAUUCAUGGAAUGCAGUUCCCUUUACUUUCUAGAAGUGGGGUUAUGGAAAGAUUGAUUGCAAAAACAUCCGAUGAAGGAGAAGAGGGCUGCAUCAUCAAGCUCCCUGACAUCCCCGGGGGAGCUAGGACAUUUGAAUUUGUAGCCAAAUUCUGCUAUGGAGUGAAACUUGAACUAACGUCCUCAAAUGUAGUAUACUUACGAUGUGCUGCUGAGCAUCUUGAAAUGACAGAUGAAUAUGGAGAGGGCAAUCUAAUUUCCCAGACCGAACUAUUUCUCAACCAAGUAGUCCUGCGUAAUUGGAAAGACUCUCUUAAUGCACUUGAAACCUGCGAUGAUAUUCUACCUUAUGCUGAAGAACUUCAGAUCACUAAGAGGUGCAUCGAGUCCCUAGCUCUGAAGGCUAGUAGUGAUCCAAAUCUAUUUGGGUGGCCCAUCAUGGAGCAUGGUGGACCUCUACAAAGUCCAGGAGGGAGUCUACUGUGGAACGGCAUAAGCACAGGGGCAAGGCCUAAAAAUUCUAGUCCAGAUUGGUGGUACGAAGAUGUCUCGAGCUUGAGUUUGCCUCUUUACAAAAGAUUAAUUUCAGCAAUGGAAUGUCGAGGUAUUAGAGAGGAGAUAAUUGCAGGUUCUCUCACUUAUUAUGCGAAGAAGUACUUGCCAGGACUGAACCGGCGUAAGGGGAGUGGUGAAUCUAGCAGUAGGUUGGCACCAGUCCCACCAUCUGAAGAAGAGCAGAAGCUAUUACUUGAAGAAAUUGAUAGGUUACUUCCAAUGCAGAAGGGUUUAUCACACCCAUGGUUGGCAGAGUCUGAUAGAGAACAGCUCUGUCGGCUGAUGGACUGCCAGAAGCUCUCUUUGGAAGCGUGCACACAUGCUGCACAAAAUGAGAGGCUGCCCCUCAGAAUAAUAGUCCAGGUCCUCUUCUUUGAGCAGCUUCAGCUCAGAACUUCCAUCGCAGGCUGCUUCCUGGUUUCAGAUAAUCUCGAUGGUUCAAGACAAUUGAGAAGUGGCUUGGCUGCAUCGACUGAAGGAGGCUGGGCAACGGCUGUGAGGGAGAAUCAGGUUUUGAAGGUGGGGAUGGAUAACAUGAGGAUGCGGGUGUCUGAGCUUGAGAAGGAGUGUUCAAACAUGAGGCAGGAGAUUGAAAAGUUGGGCCGGGAAAAGGGCUCAAGCAGUACAUGGGGAAGCGUGUCAAAGAAGUUUGGGUUUAAGAUGAGGUCUCAAAUGUGCAGUGCUCAGGAGGGCUCUGUGAGCAACCACAGUAAUGGAGGUGGGAAGAUUGAGAAGGUAAAAGAGAAACCAGGAAAGCAAAAGAAAAAACUGUCUUAA